GGCGUCCCUAUUACGCAGACUCCGUCGAGAUCAGAGCUCCAGUGGGCUGCGAGAGUGGGGACGGAGCAGUCGCUCCCGAAUGCUCCCAGACGUCCCGAACUACAACAUAGCUCCGCGAUCGACUAGUUCACCGUGAGUGAAGUUUGAAUGUGCGAAUAUUACUGGAUGAUCUAUUUAUAAUACGCUAUUGCGAACAGGAGAAAGUGAUGUUUAGUACUUUCACGCAAUUAGAAUAUUCAUAUUAGCUAUCUGGCUAAUCUGAUUCAAGAACUUCGACGCUCCGAAUGCAACAUGUGGAUGAAAUGACGUCAAAUCAAUAUGGGCAUUUGUACUCAGCUGUCCAAAGUGGAAUUCGGAAUAUACGCAUUUCUUUUUAUCAUCCAUAUUCAGAUACUGCAAGGAGAAGAACAAUCACAGUGCCCGAGUUUAACAGAGAAUCCAAUCUGUCCUUGUUAUAAUUUCAAAGAAGGAUUAUUUCUUGAAUGUCCAAGUGCAACACCUGGUGUAGUCAGAAGUGUACUGUUGAAGAUCAAAGGAACUAUACAAUCUCUAUCAAUCUAUGACCUCGAUGGAUCUAUAACGGAGCUUAAACAGGAUCUCUUUUCCCCACAAACUAAAAUAGUUAAUUUACAAAUUUCACAAUCAAAUAUUAAUAGAAUCAAUCCAAAUGCAUUUUUGGUCAUACACGAUUCGUUGCAAAGUUUAAGCAUAAUAUCAAGCAAACUAAAUAAAAUUCCACACGAAUCUUUUUCUAAACUUCUUAAAAUUGAGGCACUCGAUUUGCAGUUAAACGAAAUCAAAGAAAUAGACGCGAAUACAUUCAAAGAUGUUAAAUUAAAGAAAAUAAACUUGAAAGCAAAUAAACUUGCAAAUAUUUCAGAACAUGCAUUUUAUAAUUUAGAAGAUUCAUUGACUGAAUUAGAUGUUACAGAAAAUUUCCUGGAAGUAUUUCCAUUGACAUCAAUAGGAGGAUUAUACCAACUGAAUAAUUUAAAAUUAGCCUGGAAUAAAAUAAAAACUAUUCCAGAUAAUUAUAAUAUAACAAUCAAUAACUUAGUUAAUUUAGAUUUAAACUCUAACUUAUUUAUAAAAAUUGAAAGGGAAUGGUUACGAUGUAUGCCAAAUAUUAAGACGCUAGCAUUUUUUAGUAAUCAAAUACAAACCAUUGAUGAGGAGGCGUUUUAUCCCUUAGAACAUUUAGAAAAUAUAGAUUUAAGUAGAAACAAGCUUAUACACUUAGCGCAAAAUACUUUUAAAAGAAAUCUUAAAAUACGUACUAUAGAUUUAAGCUAUAAUCAUCUUCAUCAAAUUGAGGGUGUCUUUUCCAACCUUUUGCAACUUUCAGAAAUAUUUUUAUCCGAUAACAAUAUACUAGAAAUACCAUUUAAUGCAUUUCAAAACACACAAGGAUUGACUGUUCUUAAUUUAGAGCAUAACGCCUUACAUAAAUUACAUAGCAAUUGUUUUUCUUCUUUAAAAAACAUAACACAACUGCACAUGGGAACAAAUUUUUUACGAAAAAUUCCAAGUGAUAUUUUUAAAUUCAAUACGAAACUGGUAACUCUUAGUCUAGAUAAUAAUGAAAUAAAUGAACUGGACGAGUUCGUUUUCAGUACAUUGGCAGAAUUAAGAGAAAUUCGUCUGCAAAACAAUCAUUUAAAUUACAUUAAGCGAAAUGUAUUUAGUCCCUUGCCGGGGCUAUUAGAAUUGCAUUUACAAAAUAAUUUUAUUACAACUAUAGAAUCACAUGCUUUUAUAACAUUGAGGAAACUUCAGCAUAUUAAUUUGCAAGGAAAUUUGUUAACAACUAUUGGAGAUAUAUUCCCGAAUAGAAACUCUUCAUUGGUGUCGAUUCAGCUUAGUGCGAAUUCUUUAAAUUUAUUAAAAAAUAGCUCGUUAGAAGGACAAACUAAUGUACACAUCAUGUGGCUCACACAAAACAAAAUAAAAGCUUUAAACGCUCAUCUUUUUAGUGACUUAAUUAAUAUUCAAAGACUUUAUCUUAAAAAUAAUUCAAUAAUGCACAUUGAAAGCAAAACAUUUAUUCGUUUAAGGAGAAUAAAAUAUUUAGAUCUUAGCGAUAAUAAACUUACUGUUUUAAACAACGAGACAUUUUUUAAUCUUACUUCCUUGGAAGAACUUUAUUUACAAAAUAAUGAUAUACGACAUAUUGUCAAAGAUACAUUUCAAUCUUUAAUAAAAUUGAAAGUACUCGAUCUAUCUGACAAUAAGAUAACUAUUUUAGACUUAUUUCUAACUCCGCUUCCAAUCAAACAACUAAGAAUAAAUAACAAUUUCAUUUCAACUAUAGAAAUCAAUUCAUUAAAAACAAUGCCCAACUUAAGUGACUUAGAAAUGAGCAAUAAUUUUCUCAACUGGGAAAACAUUAUUGAAGUUCAGAUACCAGUAUUAAAGUCAUUUGUUAUUUCCAAGAACAACUUUAGUGUCCUAGAAAAUACGACAUUUUCUCAAUUACCCUCAUUACAGUCAUUAACAUUAGAAAGUGCCAACAUAUCGCAACUACGACCGGCCACUUUUAUAAAGAAUCAGAAUUUAUUACGAAUUAAUUUGGCUUUUAAUAUGCUAAGAGAUUUGCAUAAAGAUGUCUUUGCGUACACAACGAUAUUGCAAGAACUAAAUUUGAAAGGAAAUCAUUUUGCCGACUUCCCACAUGUUGCGUUAUUUAAUAUAUCAUCUUUGGAGAUUUUGGAUUUAUGUCAGAACCAGUUAAAAAGUAUUGAUUUUUUCAAAUUCGUUGGCCUUCAAAAUCUAAGAACAUUGAAUUUAUGUAAAAAUCAAAUAUCCAUUCUAAAUGGUUUCAAUUCUCCGGCAUUAAAAAACUUGAUAACUUUAAAUUUGAAUAAUAAUAAGCUAACAGUCCUUCCUCCGAAUUUCUUCCAACACUCGUUAGGUUUAAAAGAAAUUGAUUUAUCAAAUAAUAUUUUUAAGCACAUUCCAAGCAAUGGCCUUUCCGAAACUGUGCUACCGGUGCUCGCUACAUUGAACAUGUCCCAUAAUCCGUUAAUUCAAUUACUACAAACAUAUCCUUUAAAACAAUUCCCACUUCUUGAGGAGUUAGUUGUAACUAAUACAAAUUUAACUAUUAUAACAAGCAAAGAUUUCGAAAAUUUUCCAUCUUUAAAAAAAUUAACAUUAUCAGGCAACGACAUAAUUCGCUUGUCCCCGGGCGCGUUCUCUAAACUUCAUAUUUUGGAAAUACUGGACCUAAGUCAAAAUAAAUUGGAAAAUAUUCCCCGAGAGAGACUCCAAGGCAUAUAUUCUAUUCGACUGCUGAAUAUCUCGCGAAAUAUAUUGAGAGAGCUAGAAGAGUUUACGCCGGACUUACAAAAUUUGCAAAAGUUGGAUAUUUCAUUAAAUCAUUUGACAAGAAUAACAAAAGAUAACUUUCGUAAUCUUCAAAGUUUGGUAGAGUUAAAUUUAAGUGGAAAUUGGCUAUCGUUUAUUUCAUCGGAUGCAUUCCAGAACAUACACAAAUUGACCAGCAUAGAUUUGAGUAGAAAUUACAUUGAAAAAAUUCAAAUGAAGAUGUUGACUGGAUUGGAAACUCAAAUAAAAUCUCUAAUUUUGGAAGAAAAUCCAAUCACAUGCAAUUGCGAGUCUCAAGAUCAAUGGAAGUGGAUGCAGGAACAUCUUAAAAUAGUUUACAAAGGGACGAGAAACUUAUUCUGUGAACAUCCAGAUGAACUCCAAGGUUUCCGUUUCACGGAACUGACGCCUCACAAAUUGUGCGACGUGCCCAUUGUAUUACGAGUCGCUAUACAAGAUAUUCAAACAUAUUCAGUAAUUGUAUCUUGGCAGAGCCGCAAUCAGACGGGAUUAAGUGGAUUUCAAGUUGCUUACUUUAGCGAGCAAAAUACAAAUAGUAUAAGAGGAAAAUUUCUCAACCUUACUGCCCGUUCAACCAGACUGAAUCAUUUGACUCCAGGGACACGGUACUACAUAUGCGUAAUAGCCAUUGGCAAUUUCGGAAUAUCGACGGACUCGUCUACCACAGAUGCGAGAGUUGCAUUACCAAAAGAAACUCCUAGUAUUACAUUAUUUGGUGAUGAACAUCAAUUUAAUUAUUUAAAAUCAUCGAUGAACGAUUCGUUAACAACUAAAUGUAGCACAGUUCGUACGAUUGAAAUAUUCGGUGCUGCAAUGGAUAGUCCUUUUUCUAAUACGUAUUUGGGUCUAGCUGAUAUCUUAACGAGAAGACUUAGUUUGGUAGUUGGAUGCUGCAUAGGUUUUAUAGUAUUCAUAGUGCUUGUAUCAGCAUUAGGAUAUAUUAAGACAAAGAAGCGUCCCGUUGUUAUAAAAUCUGAAGUUCAACAAACUCCGCAAUAUAUAUCGUAUGAUAACUUUUCAACAUCCAAUCCGGAAGGACAGACUACAGAAAUGGAUUUAAAUACUAUUAUGGAUAAAACUAAAAUACAAUUUAAACAAAGUUAGUUAGUUACGACAUAUUCCAAUUUAAUCUGACCCUAUUUUACGAUCACACAAAAGUUAUAAAUACAA